AAGUUCACGAACGAGCAUGAAUGGAUCUCCAUCCAUCCAGAUGGUACCGGCUUCAUUGGUAUUACCAACUAUGCUGCUGACGCCUUAGGUGAUGCUACUUUCAUUGAAUUGCCAGCACACCAAAUUGGAGAAAAGAUUGAAAACGGUGAAACUAUCAGUUCCAUCGAGAGUGUCAAGAGUGCCAGUGAUAUCUACUCCCCAAUCAGUGGUGAGAUAGUCGAAGUUAACGAGAAGUUAGAUCAAUCUCCAGAAUUGAUCAACACCGAUCCUAUGGGUGAAGGUUGGAUUGUCAAAGUUAAGGUCGAUGAAGGCUCUUCACUAGAUGAAUUGAUGGACGUCGAUGCAUACAAGACCUUUGUUGAA